AUGAAUCAGUACAAUAAUGCAGGUAUUACGAUCAACCAUUUAAAUAUAGUUUUCUAUAAAUCUACUAUCGCACAUCGUAAUUGGUUUAGUUUUACUUAUCAACAAAAAAAGAUGACGAAUAACAUUAAUAAUAAUUUGUUUUUAGAAAUAAUAAACAACCAAUAUAUUCAUUUUAAAAUUAAAAAUGAAAUCAAUGAAAUACAUCAACAACUAUUAUUGGCCGAUAGAGAUGAUCGAGAUUAUUCAAACCUCGUGAUGUUCCCACCUAGAAUAUUCAAACAAAACUUGGUCAAGGAGAAUGCCUACCCAUUUGGAAUGAACAAGGAUACUUUUUAUCUACAACAAUACAAUGAAUGGAAGGAUGCUGAAAAGAUAGUGUAUUACAACCAUUUGUCAAUGUUGAGUGACAAGAUUGACAGACAUGAAGAAUUAGAGUUUUCACCAAAAUCAAUCGAAUUGAUUUGUGAAAGAGUUGUAGAUUUUAAAUUGUUUUUAAAAAUCUAUCAUUCUCAACAAUCAUUGUUUACAUUGGAUAAUCUAUUGUACUAUUCUUGUAUUGGUGGCAAUUUGGAUAUUGUAAAAUUACUUUUAAAUCAAUCAACUCCAUGUGUAUUAUCAAGAUACCAAUUACACACUGCUUCAAUCAUAGGUGGUCACCAACACAUACUAAAGUAUUUAAUCAAAACUGGUGUAAUUAAUAAGGAAAUAGUUCAAGAACAAAUGGAUGAAAUGUAUUAUAUAUUAUUGGAAAAUAUAGUGAAUACUAAAGAUUCAAUAUAUACCAUUCAAUUACUUAGAGAGGAGUAUCCUGGGUUACUAGAGAGUCACACAUUUUACAAUUAUUUGGUUGUAGUAUUACAAGAUUUCAGUCUAUUGGUUGAUGGAGAUACCAAACAUCUUGACAACAAACAAUAUAAAUGGUAUCGAUUCAUUCUUACAUAUAUUCACAAUAUGGUGCCUGUACAACAACAAAUUCAAUACAUCAAGUUUAUCUAUACCCAUUCACUAUCUGGAAACAUGUCUGCACCCAAUGGACACGACCAUUCUGUCAUUCUCCCAGAACGAACCACUGGUCCUUCACUCGAUGAAUAUGUAGAAUCUAAAAGAUUAGAACUACAAGACCGUCAUCCAAAUCAUAUCCCAGGCAACGACUACCUUACAUCACUUUUAAUUCAACAUUUGUACGCAUAUCAUUUUUACAAUCUUCAAGGUUAUAUUCAUAAAAUUGCAACUUUGGAAUUACAAGAUCAACAAGUCGAUGUUGAAAAGGUUAUGCCACUCAUUGUCGAACAAAAUACCAUUAUUUUUGGAGAACCAAGAUGGGAAGGUUUACAAUUAUUCCAUAUUAUCAAUUUACAACAAACAAAAUGGAUCAUUGAAAAUCGUGUUGGCAACAUUGAUGAUUUUCUCAUCCAAUUGACAUACCAACUCAUUUCAAGAACAGAUUCGAACCAAUCUUUGCAGAUUUUAAAAUAUCUCUUUGACAGAUACCCACGUUUCAUGAGUGGAUACGAUCAUUUAGAUGGAUAUGCUGGAUCAUUGGAAAUUUAUCAUCUCUUUGGAAAGGAUAAACCAUGUCAUCAAAAUGGAGUCGACUUUUUUGGAGCUUUGGAGCAUCACGAGAUAUCCACAACUAACAACCAACAAGAGACUUUAAAAUUAUCAAGUAGAGUUUUAAAUCAAUUAUCAAAUCAACAAAUAAUUCAAAUUUAUUUAGAGUCGAAUAAUCCAACUUAUUAUUUAUCAUACUCUAUCAUCAAUCAAAGAUAUCAACUUUUUCAAUUACUUUUCAAUUUACUACCACUCGACCAUGUUGACAACUUGGAACCAUAUUUAAAUCUAUUCAACGAAUGUUCACAUUUCAAAUCAAACUUUUUCAUAAAGUUGAUAUCCCAUGUCCAGUGUCAAAUUCAAGAAACGAAUCUAGAGAAAUCAUUCCAUACUAUUUUUCAAUCUUUAAUUUCAGAUAAUACUCGUUUUUCAAAUCUUCCUAUCGAAUCAACAAGAUUAUUUAUUAAAUAA